CUGUAAAUUCAUAGUACCUUUUUAUCUACAAAAAAUUUGUUAAUUAAUGAUAAAUUAUUCCCUUGCAGGAAAAGGUUGCAGAGGUCAUUAAAUUGUUCAUUUUGGAAAGAAUUGUAUUAUUGGUACUGUUUCUUCUUCUAUGUUUCUCUUCAAUUUUCUACUCUUCUUAGCUAUGGUGAAGUCAAAGAGCUUAAUAUAGAACCUUACUUCACAUAUAUUUUCUCUCUCAUGAGAAAAAGAUUGAAUUGAUGAUGAUAGAAAAUUCAAGUGAAAGUUAUGAAGCAAAGCAAGAGGGUGGUGAUGGAAUAAUGAAAAGUGAGAAAUUAGCAGGAGCAGGUAGUACCUCAAGACAAUGGACAUCAUUAAGAAAUCCAAGAAUAGUGAGAGUGUCACGUUCUUUAGGAGGAAAAGACAGACAUAGCAAAGUUUGUACAAUUAGAGGACUGAGAGACCGUAGGAUUAGGUUGUCUGUACCAACAGCUAUUCAAUUAUAUGAUCUUCAAGACAGACUUGGUUUAAGCCAACCUAGUAAAGUUGUUGAUUGGUUAAUUGAAGCUACUCAAUCUGAUAUUGAUAAGUUACCACCACUUGAUAUUCCUCAAUGUUUUACUUCUCACUUUCAUCAUCAUCAAUUACCACCACCAGGUACCUCUUUUUCUCUUGGAGGAUUUUAUGAUCAAAAUAAUGGGAUGGCAAAGACAAGGUAUAAUAAUUGGGAUAUAGAUUCAUCAGUUGGAAGAUUAAAAGGUAAGGAAGCUGAAAAUGUGUGUAUGGAUUCAGAAAAGAGUAAGUUAUGGAUGAAAAGUACAAAUGAACAAUUUGGGAGUAAUUAUUUUUCUAAUUCUUCACCAUCAGUACAUGGUUUAUCAAGCUACCAUAAUUUGGAUCCAUCAAGUACUUUAUCUUUAUCCCAAUUUGGAAACAGUGGUAAUAAUAUAUUUCCUUAUUACCAUCAACAGGUUGAAUCUCAUCAUAAUAGUGGCACUGUUAUGCAGUUUUCAUCUUCAUCUUUCACUAAUGGUAAUUCACAGUUACUUUUUUGUCCAUCAUCAGUAUCACUUUUUAGUAACAACAACAACUCUCUGGAAACUACUGAUAAUCAUGCAGCAAGACAACAUCUUCAUCAUCAGAUAUUGAACUCAUCGUCGUCGUCAUUGUCGUCAUCUUCUUCUUCUUCACAUGCACUCAUGAUGCCUCUCAUUCCAACUCUUCAUCUUCCAAUCAAUUCGCCUUUUAGACGCCUUCCGUUACCGUUUAGUUCCAAGCUUCUUGAUUCAGAUCAUGAUAAUAAUAACACCAGAAAUGGUUAGUAGUUAGUUUGUUGAAGUUACAUUAAUUCUAUGCCUUAUAUCAUGCAUAUGCAUAUAUAGGAUGUGAAACAAUAAUGCUUCUAAUUUAUAUUUUUCACACUAGCUAGUCAUGAUGGUCAAUGAAUAUAUACCUACAUAUGUAAGUUUGGCAAUGCUUCAUUUACAUAUAACAGAAUACUUCUUUUUCUGUCUCUAA